GUAGACACUGCUGCUGUUGUUGUCUACCGCGAGAGACCAAGCUCUGGAAGCGGACGGAAACGCGAGGAUCCGGCUGCGACAGAUGGAGAUCUGAGACGAGAUGCUCGUCGAGAUGCAUCUACAAGCAGCCGACGUUCACCUCUUCGCAGAAGUCGUGGUACAGAGAAGGUACAGACGACAAGCACCGCACAAUCGCCACCACCAGCAGGAGGAGAUCAAAGUCCUGCUCGUAGGGCAGCUUCGCUCUCACCAACGGCAAGGGUUCUUACACCAAUGUCGCAGUCGAGUGAAGUCAGUCGUGGUGGCCGCCGAGGAUACACCGGUUCCAACCGUCGUGGCAGAGGCGGAGAACAGCAAAGCACGCUGAUAUUAUACCAGGACGAUCCACCUAGAGGACACCAUCCCACACAUACUGGUGAAGCGAGAGCAGCACGGGGGCGGAGUGGCAGCAGGGCGGGACGAGCGCUCCCUGCUGAUCCUCCGCAAGAAAGGGCUGGAGUGAUAGAGGCAGUAUCAUCUCCUCCGCGUACUCAAGAAAAUCUUCUUGGAACGAGCCCUAAAACUUCGAAAAGGAGAAGUUCAAGUUCUCGGAAGCCUUCACCUUCUCCGAGGCCCUCGGUGGCUAGCAUUUCCUCGCGUUCUACUCUUUCUCCAGAAGCUAGUCCUCCUGCUGCUUCGCCUGCUGCCGAUGCAGAAUCAAUGCCCUCAGCUUUAAAAGUUCAGCCGCCUGCGCAGGUUGUCGUAAACUCACAGGUAGCCAAAGCCAGCACGAGGGAAGGAGUUCCAGGUCGGAAGGAGCAUAUUGAGAGCGAUCGAAAUGUGGGAGCAGGUGAAGAAAAAGCCAGUCGGAAAGAAGUUGUCGUGGAAGACAAGCCACUUCCCGAUAGAAAGUCUAGGCUAGCCCCGGCGAAUCAGCUCGCUCUCAUCGGCCGCGGAGAUUCAGGGUCAGCUGCUACUAGCAGGAGGCCAUCAUUUGUCCAAAAAUUUGCUUCCAAUCGCGGCGUCCGAGCACUGGCCCUUGCCGGUGUCGGAGCAUUGGUAAGUUCCGGAAUGUGGACAGGACCGGGCGACGAGAAUGUAGUGUCAUUUGAGGCUGGCCAAAAUCGGCCCUCCGUUGCUGGCCUCCAUUCUUCGCAUGCUACCGCUGGUGAAAUUUAUUCAGACGGCCCGAGUGAAAAUCCUGAUUUUCAACAUCGGAAUACGAAUACCUACGAGAAACACGGCAUCGAUUUGGACGGUUUAGACGACGACUUUUGGCGACGACACAACCUUCUCGAAACGUCGCACGGAAGUCGUGAAGGAGAAAAUCGAAAUACUGCUAGUAGUGCCGCUGCGAGUAAUAGAUUUGCGUGGACAGAUUAUUUGCCGAAUAUUCUGACAGAUGGCGAAGCCGAUCCUCUGAAGCAAGACCUAGACCGCGAUAUACGACAGCAAAAAGAUGAACAGGCCGACCUUCUGACGUCAGGGUUGUAUUUGCUUUUGCGCUGUGCUAUACAUAAUCAUGCAUGAUAAAACUGGUACUGAACAACUGAACUUACGAUACGCGAACGUGUUUUACACACGACGCAAGAGCAGCAUCGUAGUCAGUAUUUUUUAAUUUACUAGUGUACUAAUUGUAAGUACAAGUAGAUGCAGAACGCGCACACAAAUGCGAAUGGCUGUAAUUCUACCGCAUCGAUGCGUAAACACUGGUAACGGAUCCUUUUCUUGCGUCAUGCAGAAGAUGAUGCAAGAUGCGUGAAAGUGAAUUGAAAGACCGAUAGACGUUGACACGAAGUCGACCUUGUUUAUUUUCUUCCAUACGAACUGCGCUUUGAGAACGGUGUCAGCUACGCAGAUGAGGGAGUCGCUGUGCCGCCCCAGGCCGACCUCAUAAGUGACGGCGGGCGGAUCUGGUGGCGUUCCGACACGGAGAAUUGCCGGCACAACAAGGAGGGCCUCGCGACCUGCAGUGCGGCCGAGCUGUCCGCUUGUCGGGCGUCAGAAUUGUGCUCGAAAUGGAAAAUGGAGGAAGACGCACGGAAUUUCGUGCCCACACCCAUGACGGUGGAUCCUACGUUACUCAUCGGGCUCGGUACCACCACCGCGAUGCUUGCUUACAAUAUGCGGAGCCGAACACCUGAUCAAGCUCAACCACAAGCGCAGCCACAAACAGCGGACAAAAAACCCGAAGCGGGAGUGUCUGCAGCUGGACCGGGAGCGGAAAAAAAGGCCGCCGAAAAUGAGAAGUCCAAAUUAUCAUGUGCAGCAGGCGGGUCUGGUGCUACUGCAGGGAAAGAGGAGAAAAGCGAGACGAAUACGACAGAGGAUGAGAGGCCGGGUGAUCCUAUGGAUGUCGACUACAGUGCGAGCGAUAUUAAUGUGCUAACCGUGGACACGGAGGGCGCAGCGCCUGGGGAUGCUGCAACUGCUGCCACUUGUGCCGGUGUCGAUAGGAAGGCAGGAGUCGCUCUUUCGAUCGCGGGCAAGAGCGUGAGUGCAUCUACAUCCGAGACGGGAGCGGCGACCGGGCUUCCAGCUUCUCGAGAGAAAAUUUUGCAGCAUGUACCUGGCAAUAAAGAAGGCACGAUGACUAAUGAAAGCAACAAGGGAGAAGUGCAAGGUACAUUGUUUGAUGCGUUGCGCCGGUUUCGAAACGACAGGGACGGGUUCUUUGAGAAUCGAUUUUCUAUAUUCUCGUUUCGACGUGUCUUUGCUUUAAUUAAAAUGUUGUUUAUCGUAUUCCGCUCCCCUUGAGAAGCAUACGCGUCAUUCUAUUUCUAUUUCUAUUUUUGCGACGCAACAAAGCGACCACCCACGACCGAAGGAAACAGAUGAACCGGCUUGGCUGCGGUUGUGGUUGUGUCUAGUAAGUCUAAGUACUUAUGGGCAAAGGCACGCAUUACCAUAAAAUACUAGAAUGAUUUUGAUUUGUUGAUUGAGUGCUGAUGUGUCCAAAUCAAUCCACAGGGGCUGGCACAAUUGCGACUGCAGCAUCUACUUCGAAUUUUGGGAACAUCGCACGUGGUUCGGCAGCACCGCUAAUGCAAGCAGGGGGAAUAGCUGAGUUUUCGAGACAACUUCAGGACCGAGAACCGAUUGGUUUCCCUGUCCCACCGGCGACGCCGCCCGGCGCCUUCGCUCCGUAUUCCCAUGCAGAGGACACGGACGGGACAGUCUCGUUUUUGACGCAUGGUAAUGUUUCAACAUCGCGACACCGAAACCCAGGAUCGAGCACAGAGCUUUCUUCUCCGGCUCAAUCCUUCCCCACGACCUCGCUUCCCUCAAACACCCUCGCUGCAGGAGCUGCCCCCGUGCAAACGAAAAGGAGGAGAAGCAAUAGUAGGCAUGAACGGUGGAAAGGCUCUAUGGAGGACACAAAUACCGGUACUUCCGUCCUCGACGAGAUGACGCAUGCGCCGCUGCUUGAAGCGAUAAAAAAAGGUGAACCCACUCCGACCUACAGUCCCUACCGGAACAGGUUGCGACGGGGAGUAGACCCGUAUGCAUCCGCUGCAUCAAGGAAAGUGAGGAAUCGGAAAAACCAAAACCGCGGAUGA